AAGUUACAGUUAAGAAGUAAGUUGCUUUUAAGGAGUAUUUCACCUUCAAGGAAGGUGAAAAGUUUUAAGAGUUUUUCGUCAUUGGCGCCAGUCAGUUGCCCAUAUGAGAUUUUGAGAUGAGCAUCAGUUAUGCUUUUGAGAAUUUUUAAGAUGAGUAGCAGUUAUGCUCUUGAGAAUCGUGGUGAAGAGCCACUACGAUAAGUUUAAGAUGUUAGGUGGGAUUAUCGUCACGACUCCCCGAACUAAGUUUAAGUUUAUGGAAGCCUAGAUGGGCAUUAAUACGUAUGAGAUGGGCAACCGGACUAGCUAGUUAGGGAUGCCCGUGUCAGUCAAUAAUUUAAGUCGAAAUUUGAGUUUUAAAAAUGUAGAGUAACAUUAACUCUCAUUUAGUUUUGAAUAAUAUACUAGAGAGUUUAAACGUAAGGGCGUAGACUGACCCCAACUCACUUACCAGAUCAUAGAGGAGGAGAUCGUACCCUGACAGUUCGUGAUCAGCAAGUUUGAGGAGCUCAACACAAUCUUUGCUGAAGGAUGGCAGGUGAAGGAUCAUCGUAAGCAUUAGAGAACACUUUAAUUUGUUGAUACUUUAUGGUUAUAAGUUUAAAAUUGGAGAUUCGUUUCUUUUGUUUAUUUUAAGAGUAUGAUUUAAGUUUUUCCAAUGUGUUUAGGGCUUUGUCUUGAAUUAUUAAGUUAUUUAAGUUUGGUAAUUUUAAUCAAGGUUAUGUUAUUUGAAAUGUUUUUAAAUAUACCCCGGGGUAGAAAUGUCAUUUCCAAGUUUCAAAGUAGUGGGAUGUUUCACAAUCAAACAAAGUAACAUACUUACAAGAGUUCCUAUGUGAAAGAAUUCAUAUAUUUCUCACCUGCCCUAAUAAUAGUAUUUAGUUAGAUGGAGUAAGAAAUAAUUCUGAGUAUCCAGGAUAAAAAAAAUUGUUUAGACAUGAUUAAGUUGGUUCAGUUUUUAAGAGAAUCAAGGAUAAAAAAAUUUGAACCGUUCCAGUUUAAAAACGAAAACUAAAAGAACAAGUUGUCCCUCCUAUAAAAUGAUGUCGUUUACCACAACUAGAUUUAAUAAAAAUAGUUGUACUAAAAGAAAAUAACAUGUGUAUCUUACAAAGCACUGGCAUGCGUAAGAACUUGUCUCCAUCAUUUCUUGUUGAAGUAUAGUAAAGGGCCCUAACGCUAACACUUCUAUUAAGUCCAAACAUAUUUAUCACUCACGAGAUUUGCCUCUAAUGACAUAGUAAAUUAGUACCGUACCAAUUAUUGAUAACUAAGCCUAAUCAUACAGCACUUGAUCGGUUUAUCAUGUCUCCGGCGGCCCGCGGCAGGGGCGGCGGCGGCUCCUCUAGCUACAACCUGAGAGGUUUUGUGGAGUUGUUGCGAGACCGCUACUGCAGUUCCUGGAGGAGAAGCAAUAACGUAGUGAACAUUUCGUCAGCUGCUAAUUCAUACAAUACUAAGCCGCCUUCGUCUUCAGGGGAUGACAAUGGCAGCUGCCGUUCUUCUGCUGAUAUAGCGAAAACAACCCAGAAAGGAUUGCAAUUGAUCAGUUGCAAGAACUGGGCAGAGCGCUUGUUUCUUGGUGGAUGGGGGUGCAAGGCCGACGUCGAUAGGAUUCCCUUACCCUCAUCCAGCAAAUCAACAACCAACGGAUCGACGCGGUGCCCUCCAACUCUAGGAGAACAACUUCAGGCUCGGGAAGAAGGUCGGGACCAACUUCAGGCUCUUCCGCCGCGAGCGGUCGACGAUGGAGAAGGACUAGGGAUUUUCACUGGGGAAGAAGGUCGCUCCCCUGCCCCUUUUCCGGUCCUCCCGAAAUUCCGGCUUUCUCGUCAGAUUCUAAUCUAUUUCCUUACAUGCAUUCCGUCCCCGGGGGAGAUGCUUGAGAAUUGCCAAGUAUUGAGAUGAACCCAGAAGUGGAAUGAAGAAUAAGGUGACCUCGAAGGUGGAACAGAAGGUAUUGCUGUUUCUUUCCCUUUGAAAUUCUUGGAGUUAUGGACAAAAAUAAGAUAGAAUCAUCUUGAUUUAGUCCAGAGGAUGGGAUUUCCCUCGACUCACCUCGUCCGAGUGACGACUCUUUGUGAUCAUUCAAUCCUAUUGGAUUGCCUGUCAAGAUUCGUGAUCUUUAAUAUCUAAUUCGGGAUAAGGAUGAUCCCUAAAAUAUUCUGUCACUAUGUUUUUAGAUCCUUUGAUCCUGUAAUCAGAUUUUGCGAGAUUGCCCAUGUCCUUUGUAUCACCAACCCCUUCGAGAUCGAUCUGGUCUCUGUUCCUCAUCUCCGGUGACCACCGGAAUUUUAGUUUCGCUGGUGUUUUGGAAUUUUUUGAAAUCUGAUUUUCAGUAAUUAAUUUCGUCUGGCCUAGUGCGUUAAUGCUGGCCUAAUUUAGCGGGAGUUAGUUGAUAAUGUGGUCUUCCCUUUUCUAUGGUAAUUACGCCGGUAAUUUUCUGUAAUCUUUAUUGAUUCUCUUGUUUUUCAAAUCAAGCUUGAUUUACUCUCUGAAUGCUUUUCAAACCAAAUCUUUUCACUGCCUUAAGUUUCCUUCAAUUGGAACAUACUGAAUUAGUGGCCACAAAUCCAUCCCCCCUUACUCUCUUUUGGCUAAUAACUAAUUGUGUCCUUA